CUCACCGUACUCCCACCGGCCACUAUCCCCUCUGUCAUCGCGCCUAGGUGUCUUCCCGGGAGAAGAAAAGGCGCCCGUGCCGGUGCCGCUUUGUCCGUUGCCGCGGCGCGAGGUGGCCGCGCCCGCCCGUGCAUGCCGCGGCGGACACCCCAAGCCCAAGCUUCUUGCAUCCCGACCGGGGCAGAGCUAGCGCCACUGCAUCAGGAGUGAUCAUCCUGUAAGAAGAAGCAGCAGCAAGAUGUUGGAGAAGAAGGGCGGGAAUUUCAGCGGGGAGAAGGUGAUCGCCGAGUUCGACCGGCUCACGCGCGACGCCGCCAAUGUGCAGCGGGAGACGCUCAGGCGGAUCCUCGCCGAGAACGGCGCCGCCGAGUACCUGCAGGGGCUGGGCCUCGCCGGCCGCACCGACCCCGCCAGCUUCCGGGCCUGCGUGCCGCUCGCCACGCACGCCGACUUCGAGCCCUACAUUAACCGCAUCGUCGACGGCGACGCCACGCCCGUCCUCACCGGCAAGCCCGUCACGUCUAUCUCCCUAAGCUCCGGCACGACGCAGGGGAAGCGCAAAUACCUGCUGUUCAACGAGGAGCUCGUCAAGUCCACGAUGCAGAUAUACCGCACCUCCUACGCUUUCAGGAACAGGGAGUUCCCCGUGGAGAACGGCAAGGCGCUGCAGUUCAUCUACAGCAGCCGGCAGUUCACGACCAAGGGCGGGCUGACGGCGACGACGGCCACCACCAACGUGUACCGCAGCGAGGCGUUCAAGGCGACGAUGCGCGACGUGCAGUCGCAGUGCUGCAGCCCCGACGAGGUCAUCUUCGGCGCCGACUUCGCGCAGUCGCUCUACUGCCACCUCCUCUGCGGCCUGCUCCGCGCCGGCGAGGUGCAGAUGGUGUCGGCCACGUUCGCGCACAGCGUCGUGCUCGCCUUCCAGACCUUCGAGCGGGUGUGGGAGGAGCUCUGCGCCGACAUCCGCCGCGGCGAACUGUCUCCGAUCCGCGUCACCUCGCCGGCCGUCCAGCAGGCCGUGUCGGCGCUCCUGGCCGGGCCGAACCCGGAGCUCGCGGACGCCGUGGCGCGGAAGUGCGCCGGCCUGAGCAACUGGUACGGGGUGAUCCCGGCGCUGUGGCCCAACGCCAAGUACGUGUACGGCAUUAUGACGGGGUCCAUGGAGCACUACGUGAAGAAGCUCCGGCACUACGCCGGCGGGCUGCCGCUGAUCGCCGCCGAGUACGGCGCGUCCGAGGGGUGGAUCGGCGCCAACGUCGAGCCGGCGGUGCCCCCGGAGUGCGCCACCUUCACCGUGCUCCCCGACAUCGGCUACUUCGAGUUCAUCCCUCUCAGGCGGUCCAGCCCCGACGACGCGUGCUGCUGCCACGGCGAGGCGGAGCCCGUCGGCCUGACGGACGUCGCUGUCGGCGAGCACUACGAGGUCGUCAUGACCACCUUCGCAGGAUUGUACCGAUACCGGCUGGGCGACGUGGUGCAGGUGGCCGGGUUCCACAACGCGACGCCGAAGCUCAAGUUCGUGUGCCGGCGGAACCUGAUGCUGUCCAUCAACAUCGACAAGAACAGCGAGCAGGAUCUGCAGCUCGCCGUGGACACCGCGGCCGCCAAGUUCCUGGCGGUGGAGAAGCUGGAGGUGGUGGACUACACGAGCCACGCGGACAUGUCGUCGGACCCGGCCCACUACGUCAUCUUCUUCGAGCUCAACGCCGCCGCCACGGAUGUGGCCGCCGACGUGCUGCAGGGGUGCUGCGACGAGCUGGACCUGUCCUUCGCCGACCCCGGGUACGUGGGGUCUAGGAGGUCCGGCGCCAUUAGCCCGCUGGAGCUGCGGGUGCUGCAGAGGGGCACGUUCCAGAAGGUACUGCGGCAUUAUCUGGCGAUGGGCUCCCCUGUGAGCCAGUUCAAGUCGCCGCGGUGCGUCGCGCGGUCCAACGCCGGCGUGCUCCAGAUACUCGCCGGCAACACCGCCAAGGUCUUCUUCAGCGCCGCCUACGACUGACGCCAGGAUCGCUCGUCGAGUCACAUGAGAAGACAACGUGUGAUCGAACCACCUCUGUAAGAUAUCUGAACCAUAGGUGCAGCGAAGUGAAGAUGUAACAGCGAUGUGUCAGUAGUCUCUACCUUGUGCGGUGUUGCCGAGUGUGGCCACUAGCCAACGUGUACCGGCGAAUGUACCUACCAGUUCGGUCUGCUCAACCUCCACACCUUUCAAAUCUUAA